CACAUGCAUUACAAGUUUUGGCUUACCUCAGCGAUAAAGCGUUUCAUUGCCUUUACCCAGAUGUUUACCUGGUGAAACUGUUUCAACAGCUUAUCAUCAACGUGCUGCCAGGGAUGAAUCCUUUCGAACAAUUGACAAUCAAACUGCACGCACCAAAAAACCCGUACCAUGUGCGCAUGACACGGGAAACAGUUUUCCUUCGCAGUUCAUUUCCACCAUUUUCCAUCCAUAGCUUAGAUCUUACCCAGACACGGUUCAACGAGGAGUAGAAGUGAAAAUUUUUACUCCAAGUCGCAUAGGCGACAUUCCGUCGCCUUCCAAGUGGCCAAUUCUAUCCCAUCGGACAAUCGGUUAGAGACGGAGCUACAAAAGUUGCUUCCCAACUGCUCCUUAUUCCUACAGUUGCCUUCUACAAAAGUUUUCCCGUGCGUGCGUACGUGCUACCUUGCGUUUGCUUUAUUGAGCACCUUUUUUUCUUUUGCACAUGAAAAGGAUGUGCAGCAUUUGCUUAGGGGGUAUUCAGCAAUAAAAAAAACACAGUGUCUAACCUAAUCGGUCAAUUAUGACGAUGUCGGCGGUGGUGAAUCGUUGCAUUUCUAUCGAUCAGUAUGUAAAUUGCUACACUCUUCGACCAACUCUGAAUCGAUAAUGGACAGGCGAACUGGUGCAUACGUAAUUUAAGGAGCUACAAAUCACCACCAACAAGUAUGUGAGGAUACCCUGCAAUAGCGACUUCCCUCAGGGAGGUAUUACGACCGUACGACCCGUCUGCUCGCGUCCAGUAACUGCAGACCCAUCGUCCUCCAGCCCGAAACAGUGGAAGAAUAUUAUAUAACGUUGUUUAAUUAAAGUUGCAAAAACUAAUUCUUCUCGUGCUCGCUUAAUAUGCAAAGCAACGGUUAAAGUUUCCUGCGCCCUCCCAAUAAUACCGCCCCGCGAUUGAUGAUCCAGUGCCGACCAUGGCUCGCAAAAUUCCGUUCAAAGUAGUGUUUGCUUCAGACGAAGAUUCCGACUAUCCGGCAAGCGAGCUAAACAGUCACAGCCCAACCGUGCACGGUUGGCGCUCUAAUGCCGACAGUUCCGUCAGUCCGAAAGAAAUCGUACUGCGGUUCUUCCAUCCAGCUCGCAUCGUACGGAUACAGGUGCUGGCACACCAGUAUUACAUCCCUGAACGCAUCGAACUAUGGAUACAUUACUCGAGCAAAAGUGCUCCCAGUACGCCCUCCAGCCAAAGCUUCGAGUACAUGGGCUUUGUGGCAUUGUCGGACAAUGCCAGCACCAACUAUACCUCGCGAGAGCUACAAAGUGUGUCCGUCGCACCAAAGGUUGGAUCCCAUCUGAAGCUACGCCUCGGUCCAGCACAUCCGAACCAAUUCAACAAGGAUAAUCAGGUGGCGCUGCUUGCAAUCAACAUACUGGGCGAGGAACUAACGGCCGAAGAGCUGGCUGCCUCGCAGGGUAAUGUAACCGCGCUUCUGAAUGCGGUACCAGCGAACAUCGACACACUGAACAGUUCGCUAGCGUCGGCUUGUGACGAUCUGUCCUACUCCAUGUAUGUGGAGGAGAGUAUCUGUGAGGUUGUGCGCAAGAUGGAGCUUCUGAAGGUGCAAGCUGUCCAAGACGAACGUUUCGAGUAUGCACGAAAGCUGAAGCUGUGUAUGGGCGCCCUUCGUACGGCCGGUGAACGGCUGGGACGGUACGCGCUGGCCAAGCGACAGGCUGUACAGGCAGAGGAUUUUACCACCGCGCGGUUACGCAAGGAACAGAUCGAGAUGUACCGGAAGGCUGUGUUUGAUCAGUUGCGGGUGGAGUUACUGCUACGGAGUGACAAGAGCGUCACGAGUAACGAUUCCUGUUCGGAGCUGUACGCUUCUAAGCCAACGUUGCCUUCACCGCCCAGCUUGCAGGAUGUGGCCAGUGCGUUAUCGGGCGACUCGACGCUACCCCAUGCCCAUCACCUACACACACAGGUUGGUCAAGACGGUACGAAACUACCGACGGGUGAUGCGACGGACUCUACCACCAGUAACUCCACAACUACUACUACUGCGUCCGCGUCGAGUGCUGGCAGCACCACGGUGAAGGCGGACGGACGAAUAUCUCAGCAAAGUCUUACCCGCCCGGAGGAGUUAGCUCAGAGCUCACCUCUGCUAAGUCACAAAGGACGCAGUCCAAUGCGGUCACCAACAAAUACCGGUUCGUUGCGCCGUCGGAACAAGAGUGCACCACGUAACAGUUACGAGGAUUACGACGAACGGGCAAUUCCCACACUCAGUACGCACACGAAUGAUUUCUUGCGCGAGUGUCAAAAUACGGCCAUGAUCGAACAGGAAGGUGGGAAGAUUCGCUGCAAGCUAAACGAUCGUGAACGUCGCCAAGCGGCGCUACCGAUAAUGAUCUUCGGAAUGGAGCUAGUUGAGUUGAUUUACUCGCGCCAGUAUACUGACCGUGAGGAAGGAUUGAUAAGAUUGAGAGGUAUUCUGAAGCAAGAAAUCGAACCAGAACCACAGAUUCAAGCGGCUCAGGCUGGACCGAACAAGAUAUGUCGUGGAGCGACACUACUGUUACACCGCGGUGUCCGUGAUGCGGUGUUUUCUGUGUUUAGUCAAGCGACCGAAACGGUGCGAAGUUUAUUUAUGGAGUUCGUUCCCAAUCGUGUAUCACCGAGUGAGGUAGCACGAUCAGUUGAUCGACUGUUGCCGGAGCUGCUGUCGAAGAGUGGCGAUCCGUCCGCGCGCGUUCACACACUUGCACAGCACACGAUCCUUAGCAUCGCGGCUUGUCCGGAGGUGCGCGAGCAACACCUCAUCGCACCGGCCCUAUCACGCCCGGUAGGCAACGGGACACAUCCCCGCCUGGCGCUGAGUCGCAUGCAGAUGCUGGAGCAGCUCGUGCUGAGCCAGGGUAUCUCGAACGACAAACAGAGUGGGCUCGCCUGUCGAACGCUCUCGGAGGCCGGCUGCUCCGGCAUCCACCAUCCGGCCGAGUCGGUGCGAAAGGUCGCCGAACGGGUGCUGCUGCUGGUGUACAAGGUGAACCCGCGGUUGGUGCGCAAACAGCUUCCACCGGAUGAUGACAUCACGCGACGGAAUCUGCUCUACCGGCAGCUGUUCGCUGAGUUCGAUAAGAUCGAUCUGCAGCGCAAGAAGGAAAUGCUGGAAAACAAACAGUUCUGUGGGCCAGUUUCGUUCGCCGGUAUCUGUUCGCCACCGAUGUCUAGCAGCUCGAAGAGUUCCCCACCGGUGGAGAUCCGCAACAAGAAUCGCUACGAUGGCCGCACAAUCGUCAGUUUCUCCGACACACAGACCGGUAGUUGGCAGUCUAGUUUCAGUUCCAUGAAAUUGCAGGAUACCCACUCGAGCCCGGUACGGCGGCUGGAUGCGACAACGGCUGGCAUUAUCAAGAGCAAAAGUGGACACGCUAUCGGACAUCACACCCCAUGGACAAUGGCGGACGCACCGAUUACGAGUGCGACCGUAGACCUGGAGAGCGCUCGGGACAGUAAUGGUGGUGCGUACUACGACAAACUGGAUCCGGUCGGUGGUCACUGCAAUGGAAAGGAUCGUCCGAAACUGUCCCAACACAAGACGGCCAUGUACGAUAGUACGAUCGGAUUUCUGCCUGGUACGACAGGGCCUGAGAAUGGAAGCGGAUCACGCAAGAGUUCCAAUUCAGACUCGUUCGAUGGUAUUGAGAAUGAAAUCCGAUGUCCGUUCUGUGAUUGGAUUUGCCAUGGAGAUCCCACCCAGCUGGAUAAGCACUACUGGAAGGCGUGUCCGGUGCUGACUAAAUGUCCACAGUGUAGCCAAAUUCUUGAAGUGGCCGCACUCUCCGGACACUUGAUUCAUGAAUGUGAGGCCAAAACCAGCUAUUUGUCCUGUGAACGGUGCACGGAAUCGGUCCACAAGGAUCUCUACGAGUACCACCUAAUGGAGGACUUUUGCAGAGAGCUUACGACAGGGGCAGCCCGAUGUCCACUGUGUCACGAUGAUGUGCUACUUCCACUGGACGGUGGCUGGAAGCGGCAUCUACUUAGCCGGGCCGGAUGUCUUGGAAAUACCCGUCGACGAGCUCCAACUCAGUGAUGUCGGUGCUUCGUUCCGAAUGCCGAUUUUUCCCAGUUUUUUCAAUCAAAUACUCCAGGUGCACGAUGUAGGUAGAAAUUUAAUGCAAUCAGUGGUGUUAGUGUAAUAGAAAAAGCGGUGGCUUGCGUUUUUUUGUGUUGUUUCAAAUUGAUCUUACGAGGUAGAAAGCAUUAGCGGCAUUUAGCCCCAAGUAUGAAGUUUAUAAAGAUACUACUUUGACAACCAAAAGACUUACGUGCUAAUAUGGUAAAUGGUUGGAAGAUAUUUUAGGACACAUUCGUUUCAUUAUCAUCGGAUUGGCAAAUGCUACUUUGCACACUUUCAUGGUUCCUUCGGGCGGAGGAACCUCAACCACACACAGGGCCACAGCUGUAACGCAGAAGACUAUUCUUAUUGCCAGUGCGCUAGCUGCAAUUCGUUGCUAAACUUUAAGGAAAAGCUGAACACGAACCAAAUCAGGAAUCGAAGAAGAAACAAAACCCCUGGGAUGAUCUCCCAGGAGCUAAUAACUUUAAGAAGGAAUGGAAAUGGAUUGGUUAGCAAGCAGAAACAGGUGAAUAUAUUUCAAGCCGAUUCAAACCCGUCAUAGGAGCGGGACGUGCAGUUAAGGGAUUAACACUAUUAGCAGUUUUACUAAUACUUUUAUCGGUAGUACAAUUUUGUUGUCUAGAUUUUUUAAAUGGCAUACGCAAAUGAGAGUACACAAAUCAACCGCAACGCAGGUAUUUGAAGGCCACGUUAAUCUCUAAUCAAUCGAAAACGUUUUGAUCUCACGGCAAAUCCGUGCCGGUAGUAGUGGUGAUACUUAAGUAUUGAGUCGUACGUACACACAGAUAAUACGCAAAAAAAAUCAAUAUGUCCAGCUCGAAGAAUUCGGAUCAAGUAAACUUAUUUCCCGUCCUUAAAAUAAACAAAAAAUCACCAAUAAAAAAAAACAUUUGACAAACUUAAAAA